AUGGCACAGAAUCCCAACGGUAAUACCAUCAUAAUCGCCAUAAUAAUACCGGUCUGUUUCGUGGUUCUACUCAUGACACUACUCAUACUGCACCGCCACAGAACGUAUCUCCUGCCAGGACUUACUCAUGAUGUUGAAGCGGCACGCAAAGAAGAGCGCAUGAAAAAGCGGCGAGAGGAGCUUGAGAGCAAUAUCAAGACCCAAUACUUCUACGAGUGGUUAGCUGCACAAAAGGAGAAACACCCUGACUCACUUCUGACGACAGACCCUGUCUGUGCGAUCUGUCUCGAUGAGUUCGACGAGGAUGCGCAGAUACGAGGUCUGCGAUGCUCGCAUGCAUUUCACGCCCAGUGCCUUGACGAGUGGUUCGGUCGUUACAACGAGUUCUGCCCACUCUGCCACCGAACUAUCAUACCAGGCAAAAGGCCCAUGAGAGCCAGAAUGAUAGAGCGGCCGCAGCCAUUGCCUGUCGCUUUCAUGGUAUGA